UACAGUACCAAGACCAGUCUGGUAGUAGUGGGUUUUAUACAGUACCAAGACCAGUCUGGGAGUAGAUGUAGGUUUAUAUUCAGUACCAAGACCAGUCUGGUAGUAGUUUUUGGAAAAUGAUGGGCUCUUACUGAACUGAGACUUUAGACUGUAAAGAGAUGGGAAGCAUUCUGUCCAAGAGGAGAGAAGAGGGGGCUUCCCCUAAUGUCUUCAGGAAGUGGGAAAGAGAAAGAAAAGGAAAGAGAGAGGACGGGAACACAGAAGGGAGAGAAGGAAAAAGUCCUGUUGCCCCAAAACCAGCCUCCCUGAAGAGACAUGAGACAGCAGAGAGAGGAGAGAUGACAGACGGAGUGUCAGUGGAGAAAUAUCCCUUAACCAAAGAGAAACCAGGUGUAUUUGUGGACAGACACAGAGCUGAUCUCAUUCAGAGGGUUACCAUGGUGAUGCCUAUAGCAGAUGACCUGCUCCAGAGGGGAAUGAUCCAUAAAGAGAUGUACUCUAACAUCCAUGCUGCCCGGACCAGUCAGGACCAGAUGAGGGAGCUGUACAAAGUCUUAAACUCAGGGGGAGUUAAAGUCAAAUCAGCCUUCUACUGGAUCCUGCAGGAGAAAGAGACUUAUUUGGUCCAGGAGCUGGACAAUUGUGCCGAGAUCAGGAGCACCAGACAGAUCAAAGUAGAUAACAUCACACAGAGAGUUAAAGAGGAACAUAAAGCCAGUCUAAAGGAACAGUUUAGUUUUCUGUGUGAAGGCACGGCAGAGGAACAAACCCAACUCGAUAGCAUUUACACCCAGCUCUACAUCACCCAGGGAGAGAGUGACGGGGUUAAUAAACAACAUGAGGUUAGACAGAUUGAAAAUACAUACAGGAGAAGAAACACAUCAGACACUCCCAUCAACUGUAAUGACAUCUUCAAACCCUCACCUGGAGAGAAGAGUGAAGAGGAGAGACCCAUCAGAACCGUCAUGACAAAGGGCAUCGCUGGAAUCGGAAAAACAGUCUCAGUGCAGAAGUUCAUCCUGGACUGGGCAGAGGGAAGAGCCAAUCAGGAUUUGGAUUUUAUAUUUGUGCUUCCUUUUAGAGAGCUGAAUUUGAUUCAAGAUGAUCUAUACAGCCUGGAAGAUAUUUUGAAUUAUUUCCACCCUGAACUUAAAGAGUUAAAAAAUGCAAAGAAAUACAUUGAAUGUAAAGUAAUGUUCAUCUUUGAUGGUCUGGAUGAAAGCAGAUUACCAUUAGAUUUUAAUCACAACGGGAUGCUGAGUGAUCUUAAUGAGACAUCAUCAGUUGACAGGUUGAUGACAAAUCUCAUUAGUGGAAAACUGAUCCCCAAAGCUCUCAUAUGGAUAACCUCCCGACCAGCAGCAGCCAAUCAGAUCCCUCGUAAGCACAUCAGCAAGGUGACAGAAGUACGAGGGUUCAGUGACAAACAGAAAGAAGAAUACUUGGAGAAGAAAGUCAAGGAUGAAAACCUGGCCAGGAGAAUCAUCUCACACAUUAAGACAUCAAGAAGCCUCCACAUCAUGUGUCACAUACCAGUCUUCUGUUGGAUUACUGCCAGGGUUCUUCAGCACAUGAUGACUGAAGGAAAGAGUGGAGAUAUCACAACUCUGACUGAGAUGUACUCUCACCUCACACUCAUUCAGACAAAUCUGAAAAGCAUGAAGUAUAAUGUUCAACAUGACAGUGAUUUGGACAUAAUCAUAGAAAGAAACAAGGACAUAAUUAUCAAACUGGCACAGCUGGCAUUUAAACAGCUGCUAAAAGGCAAUGUCAUAUUCUAUAUGAAAGACCUGGAAGAGUGUGGGAUUGAUGUCAGUGAAGCCUUGGUGUAUUCUGGGUUUUGCACAGAAAUCCUGAAAGAAGAGUUUGGGUUGUAUAAGAAGAAGCUCUACUGCUUUGUUCACCUGAGCUUCCAGGAGUUCCUUGCUGCUCUGUAUGUUUUCCACUGCUGUGUGACCAAGAACAUCAAGGACCUGGAGUAUUUAAUUAAAGAUCUGUCUUCAGAACUGCCCUUUCAUGAGCUGCUGAAUAUGAUAGUGGAUAAAACAUUGGAGAGUGAGAAUGGACACCUGGACCUGUUCCUCCGCUUCCUUGUUGGCAUCACACUGGAGUCCAACCAGAGACUGUUACAAGGCCUACUGCCACAGACAGAGAUCAGCUCAGAGACUGUUGAUGAAAUAAAGAAAUACCUCAGGAAGCCGAAUGUAAAGCAAAUCUCACCUGACAGGUACAUCAAUCUACUCAUCUGCUUGACUGAGUUGAAAGAUGAAUCAGUACAGGAGGACAUUGACAAGUUCAUUAAGUCAGAAAGCCAAACAGGACCACAACUAUCAGGUACACACUUCUCAGCACUGGCCAACGCACUGCUGAUGUCAAAGGGUGUGCUGGAUGAGAUUGAUCUGAGGACAUACAACUGGUCACCUGGGUGUAUGAGACUGGUCCCAGCUGUCAGGAAAUGCAGAAAGGCAAUACUGGCUGGCUAUGAAUUAUCUAAGGAGGACUAUGAAUUACUGGUCUCCAUUCUCCAAUCAGAAGACUCACAUCUGAGAGAACUGCACCUGAAUGACAGAGAAUCUGUUGAUAGUAACAACGUCGAGGAUGAUGGUGAUGAUGAUGAUGAUGUGGAUGAUGGGGAGGAAGAGGGCCGUCUGACUGUUCUCUGUGCUGCUCUGAAACAUCCACACUGUAAACUGGAGACACUGAGACUGGGUAACUUCAGACUCUCUGAGGUCGACUGUAGAUCACUAGCAUCUGUUCUCCAAUCAGAAAACUCACCUCUGAGAGAACUGGACCUGAGGAACUGUAUGCUGUCUAAUGAUAGGAGUGAACUCUUUAGAGCUCUGAAAAAUACACACUGUAAACGCCAGAUUCUGAGGCUGAAUAGGUGCUGUCUGACAGAGAGAUGUUGUGAGGUGUUGGUCUCAGCUCUCAGCUCAAACUCCUCUCAUCUGAAAGAGUUGGACCUGAGUCACAAUGACCUGCAGGAUUCUGGGGUGAAGCUGCUCUCUGUGGGACUGAGACAUCAUUACUGUAAAGUGGAAAGACUGAGGCUGUCAUUCUGUAGAGUCACAGAGGAAGGCUGUGCUUCUCUGGCUUCAGCUCUGAGGUCAAAUCCCUCCCACCUGAGAGAACUGGACCUGAGCUUCAAUCACCCAGGAGACUCUGGAGUGAAGCUGCUCUCUGAUAGACUGGAGGAUCCUGACUGUAGACUGGAGAAACUCAAUGUGGACCAUAAUGAAGAGAUCUGGGUAAAACCAGAGCUGAUGAAGCAAUAUUACAGUCAUCUCACUCUGGACCCAAACACAGCAAACAGAAAACUCAUCCUGUCUGAGGGGAACAGAAGAGUGGAGAAGGUGAAAGAGGAGCAGCCGUAUCCUGAUCACCCAGACAGAUUUGACAGCAGGGGUCUGGUGCUGUGUGGAGAGGGUCUGACCGGACGCCGUUACUGGGAGGUGGAGAGGAGUCGGGGAGCUUUCAUAGCAGUGACAUAUAAAGGCCUCAAGAGAAAGAGAGUCUGUCGUACUUGUCUGUUCGGAUGGAACGACAAGUCCUGGAAUCUGAUGUGCAAUGAUCCACUACAUUACACAACCUCCCACAACAAGGAACAGACUGAUAUACCCGCUCCGUGUCUCAUGAACCCUCCUCUACCUCAGAGUGACCUGACCUCCUCUCCUCCAAUCAGAGUAGGAGUGUUUCUGGACUGGUCGGCCGGCACCCUGUCCUUCUAUGAGGUCCACUCUGACACAAUGACCCACCUGUACACAUUCCACACCACAUUCACUGAACCCGUCUACCCAGGGUUUGGGCUUUGGGAGGAGGGUGAUUCAGUGACCCUGUGUCAGGUAGAGUGAUAUUCUGUGUCCUGGAGGAACACCUGGGUCUCCAGAGUAACAUUCACACUGUAAUGGUUGUUGUUAAAAGUUUCUUGUUGAAAUUA